AAAGAGACAGAGCUCAUUCACCCCGCGAUUGUUUGCUCCUGCCCCGUUGGCCUGGAACGAGGGGCCGUUGUCAGUGAAAGCGUAGUUUGCGUCGCUCUUACACGCAUUUCUGAGACUGGAGUACAAUAUUUAAAGGAGCUCUCUCUGCUGCGAUUUUCCAUCUCUUCUUCAUCAACCAAACCGAAUCCAUUCCACCACAACCAAACAAACUUCAAACAAAUCUAUCUCUUUGAUCCAAACAUCAAUCAACAUGUCUGACGCCGGCCGCAAGGAUUUCUCUGACAAGGUCGAGGAGAAGAUCACUCCCGACUCCUCCAAGUCAACCCAGCAGAAGGUUAAGGAGACCGUCACUGACACUGGCGACAAGCUCGCUCGUGGCACUCAGUCGGACGAGUCCAAGUCGACCACCCAGGAGGUCUCUGACAAGUUUGGUCGCAGCAAGGAUGAGCACGUCCACGGUGGCAGCAGCCAGAGCAUUGGCGACAAGGUCAAGAACGCCUUUGGCCUUGGUGACAACAAAUAGAUGUGUCAUAUCACAUUUUCCUCAGCUUACGACGUUAUGAGAUGAACCUCGAGUUGAGCUUGCUUUCAGAGCUUUAUUAUACCAUUAGCAAUUCAGAGCAUUAAAUCUUUCGAUAUACUGUGCAAAUUAGAUGCCAUAAAAAUGUGAAAUUUCUCCCAGCC